UUGGCUUGACUAUUUUCGUUCAUUGUAUAAUCAUCUUCUUUUCUAAAGUCAAAAUGAAAGCCGCAACUAUCCUUGCCGUUCUGCCUUCGGCAGUGAUGGGCCUUAACCUCUUCCGCUCCGCUUCGUUGACGCCUACCAAGACUCUUGGCCGCAGGGAGGAUAGCUGGGGUGGUGCCGUAUCACUCGGCCCGACCAAGUCGCGUAUCACCAAGGCCGUCACCACCAUUACCCCUGGCAAGGCGCCUUCGACCCAGACCGGCGAACUGUUCCUGUGGCCCGGUAUGUCCAACGGUACCGGUGACCUCGUCCAGACGACCCUCGAGUCGUGGCCCGACAACAGCUGGUGCGGCGCCGAGGCUGGAGAGUGGUGCAUUCGCUGCUCGCUUUUUGGCUCUUUCGGACAGCUAGAUGGUGAUUCCGCUGCUGUCUCUGGAGACAUGAGCGUCGAGAUUCUGUACGAGUUGCAGAGCGAUGGAACCACUUGGCUCCAAACCGCCACGGAUGUCAGCACUGGCACAGUACUCAGCACCUUUUCACACGAUAGUGGCCCUUACAUGACUGGAUACGGUACCGGAACCGAGUGUGAUGGUGGCUGCACCGGCACCGUUGCUGCUCAAACCUACACAAACACCGUCAUUACCCUCUAUGCUGCGGACACCAGUUUUGGUGAUACCAUCGCUACUAGCCAGGGCGCCACUUACUCCGGCCUCACGAAUAGCGGCAAUGGAAAAGUCUGGACCAUUGCUACCAUUGAUAUUCCUUCCAUGUCGUAG